GGACACAAGGAUCUGUACAAGGAUGUCAUGAAGGAGGACCACCAGACCCUCACAUCACCAGGAAGAUCCAGUAAGAGAGGAACACCAGACAGAUGUCCCAGUCCUCUUCCUCCACAGGAUCAUCAGCUUUUGAAUGUGGAUAAAGAUCUGCGUAAUAUUAAUUCUACAUAUACAUAUGUGAGGGGUGAUGCCCAGUGUAAGGAAGAAAUUUCUACAGAGACAUAUGUCAGGGGUGAUGCCCAGUGUAUGGAAGAAAUUCUUACAGAGACAUAUGUCAGGGGUGAUGCCCAGUGUAAGGAAGACAUUUCUACAGAGACAUAUAUGUGGGGUGAUGACCAGUGUAAGCAAGACAUUCCUACAGAUAACCACCCAGAUGACUGUAUCGGGAGCUCAGAGGGACAUCUGAUCUCUUCAGCUUUUAAAGCAAAUGGUAAUGGUCUCGCACAAGACACAUAUGAAGAGCAUGCCACUAUCUCGGAUAUACCCUCAGCGCUUCACAGCCCAAAUUGCUCGUUUGAUCCAUUUAAACCUCUUCUAUUUUCUGGUUCGUCACAAACUGUAAAGCAGAAUCAAAGUCACAGAAGGGGUAUUAAAAAUCAAAUAAUGCACACAAGGAAGAAGACAAUUUCAUGCUUACAAUGUGGGAAAUGUUUUACUUGGAAAUCACAACUUGUUGAACAUCAAAAAACUCACACAGGAGAGAAGCCAUUUUCAUGUUCAGAAUGUGGGAAAUGUUUUACACACACAGCAACACUUGUUGGACAUCAAAGAAUUCACACGGGAGAAAAGCCAUUUUCAUGCCAAGAAUGUGGGAAAUGUUUUACUUGGAAAGCACAUCUUGUUGGACAUAAGAGAAUUCACACAGGGGAGAUGCCGUUUUCAUGUGAAGAAUGUGGGAAAUGUUUUACACACAAAACAACACUUGUUGCACAUCAAAGAAUUCACACAGGGGUGAAGCCAUUUUCAUGUUCAGAAUGUGGAAAAUGCUUUGCACAGAAAGCAACACUUGUUGUACAUCUAAGAACUCACACGGGAGAUAAGCCAUUUUCAUGUCCAGAAUGUGAGAAAUGUUUUACUUUGAAACACCAACUUGUUAAACAUCAACAUACUCACACAGGGGUGAAGCCAUUUUCAUGUUCAGAAUGUGGAAAAUGUUUUACCUGGAAAUCACAACUUGAUAAACAUCAACGAAUUCACACAGGGGAGAUGCCGUUUGCAUGUGAAGAAUGUGGGAAAUGUUUUACACACAAAACAACACUUGUUGGACAUCGAAGAAUUCACACAGGGGAGAAGCCAUUUUCAUGUUCAGAAUGUGGGAAAUGUUUUACAUACAAAACAACACUUGUUGUUCAUCAAAGAACUCACACAGGAGAUAAGCCAUUUUCAUGUCCAGAAUGUGGGAAAUGUUUUGCUUGGAAACAACAACUUGUUAAACAUCAACAAACUCACACAGGGGAAAAGCCAAUUUCAUGUUAAGAAUGUGGAAAAUGUUUCUUAAGAAAAUAAAAUCCUUGUUGAACAUCUGAAAAUUCACAAAGGGAAGACGCCAUUUUAUGUCCAGAAUGUGGGAAAUAUUUAACUUUUAAACCACAAAUUUUCGAACAUCAAUGAACUCACACAGGAGAGAAGCCGUUUUGAUAUCCAAAA